AUGGACUUUGGAUUAAAACAUAGCCGAACCCGAGGCACGUCAAUCUGCGUAAAUAACGACGAAGACGCAGACAUGGGCCCUUUAGUCAGCAGAUCCGACGCUACCACAUCUGGAGUUACUACAACCACCAGAAACUCCAAUAUUACCGACAGCAGUGAAAGUGUCUUAAAGCACACGGUUAGGAAUGGUGGAUCUAGUGGAAGUCAACCUACUAGAUUAUAA